GUGGGAAACCCCAGGCCAUAAUGCAGCGCCGGAACGACCCGGAGAUGGAGGCGACGGUCGCCGAGCUCGCGGACGAGGUCCUCGGCCUCACGGGCGUGAGCGCGCCAGCCGCGAGGAAGGAGCUCUUCAACCGCGUCGGGACCUUCUUCUUCAAGCUCAAGGCCGAAGGCAAGGGCCACUGGUGGUGCCAUGGCCGGCUUCCGGAGCUCAGCGCCUUCAUGCUGCAGCUUGUGGACAAGCGCGCGGCCGGCAACCACAUCGACACGUGGAUCCGCGAGAGCUAUAGCCAGCUGCAGCAGUGCACCGACUGCAUUGACGGGUACCAUGCGAUGCUUCUAACGCUGCAAGCCGAGCUUGCAUCUUUGUACACGGAAGAGUCCAUGAAGCUCUUCCUCCGCCUCCUCGUGGAAGCCGACGUCGAGCGGCUCAAGCUCAUCUGGAGCUCGAAUUCGUUCGUCAAGAAGCAGCGCGGACAGGAGCUCACGAUGGGACUCUACGAGCUCUUCAUGCACCCGCGCCUCCUCCGCGAUUUUCGGUUCCUCAAGCCCAUGCACAAGUGGAUCGCAGAGAAGCCCGAUGAAGCCCUCGAGCUCUGCGACUGGCACAAGCUCAAGCAGUGCCCGGGGCUGUACAUGCUGCUCAUGUGCCCCGACUCGGUGCUGCGGGCGUGGAGUGCGACCGUCCUCUCCAAGCUUGGUCAUAUCGAGCUGCAAUCAACGUCUCCGCUCGUCUCGGUCGUCGAAGAAUGGAUGUAUCUCCUCGAGAACCAGCAGUACAAUGUGUCCAUGCUCGAGUUGGACCUCGCAUCCACGUACGAUCUCGCCGCGUUUAUGGACAGCACGCAGUGCACACGGACCCCGACGCCGCAAGUGCUCUGGGCUGCGUUUGACGCGCUCUUCCAGACGCUGGAAGAGAACAUGCUCGCCGAGCUCUUGCGGCGCUUUGACAACUUGCCGGACCUAGUCUUUACCUUUCUUCAGGAGGCCAACCCCGUCAACCCGAAAUCGCCACCGCCCGUCGUCCUUGUCGUCGCACGCUGCUAUGGAGUUCUCAUGAAGAGCCUCCGUUAUCGGCUCUGGGAACACACGUCGUAUGACGCUGCGACUGUCUGGGACAUGCUGCACGCCCAGUGCAAAACUACUUCCUGGCGCGAGUUUGUUGUGAAAGCGCUCCUCGAGCUCUGCGACCCGCUGCUUACAUCGUUGCGGCCGCCAAACCAAGAUAGCGCGUCCGAGGCCGUGCGGUUGUACUUUGAAGUGCGUCGGCAACUGCUCUCGUUCUUGCUGCACGACGCACCACAUCUGUACGCAGACCAGUCGGUCUUGCGCACGACCGUCACGCGCGUUCUCUGUGACGUGCUGCAAGCGUCGUUUGACACAACACGGUCGUCACUCGUGCGCCCGCUGCCAGGCGCCAAACCCGCCGACGUUGGCGCGCUCCCCGAGACCGAGACGCUCGACAUUGUCACGCUGAGUCAUCGCUUUUGGUGGCCUCUCACGCUCCAUGACUCGCCCAUGGACGAGCGCAACGCGUCGUGCUUCACCUCGGAUUGGAUGGACGUUCUCUUGGUGACGCUCCAGACGUCGAAUGUCAUGGGACUCGUAGAUGCCGCCGCGACGACCGUCGCGCUCGUCUUGCGCAAGCAGCUCUACCUCAUGCGCGACACGUGGAUGAUGCACCCAAGCCGCCUCGGCGACAUUGCGUGGGUCUCGGACCUCUUCACCGCACUCUGCUCAUGGACCGACGUUGAGAAGAUUCCGCUCCUCGUCCACGCGGUGCUGUUUGAGACGGUCGGUGUCGCCGCGCAGCUCGCGUGCCGUCCGCCAACCGAUGCACCGGCCGCGAUCGAAGGCCUCGAGAUGGUUCAGGACGUACUGUGUCCGUACGUCGAGCGCAUGACGAUCGAGACGACCGAGCGGGGGCUUGGCAACAUCUUUCGCACACCGAUCGUGGCGCAGCACAUGACGCUCUGCCUCAUCACGUCCCACCCGCGCUUACGCCCGUGCAUCAAACGGCUCAUCAUGCACGGCGGCGGCGUCGCCAACAAGACGUACACGUCGUUCACCGAGCCGUACCAGAACCUCGUGUCGAGCUACAUGCCGUCGUUCCUACGUGGCGUGGCCACGACGCUCAUGUAUCUCCGCGUGCACGGGCUCCAGCCGACGUGCGUCAAGGAGCUGCUCUUGCACUGGACGCACACGUUCGAGUCGCUGCCCGACGUGCUCUACAACUGCAUCGUCAAAGAGGCGGCCAAAGCCAAAGCAUCGUCAUCCAGUAGUAUCCAAAAGCCAUCGGCGACGUCGGCGAUGGAUCUGACGCGGUUCCCACUGCUCAUGCACCUCUUCCUUAUGAACGCGCUCGAGAAGCUCUCGCCGAGCGACAAUGAAGCGUACGGCGUCCGCGUUCUCCGCUUUGCGCGCUACAUGUGGCGUCUCUGGUUUGUCUUCCACGGCGACCGCCACGAGUGUCUCGACUACCCCGCCAACCGCAUUAUUUUGCCGCUCUUGCAGCUCGCGCACCACCCAAACCCGACGCUGCAGCGCCGCGUCGUCGAUCUCUGCGGCUACAUUACGCAAGAGCUCGGGUCAUCGGACUUUGUCUUUGAUGCAAAACUCGACACGGAGAUCACCGCCGUCUUGACGAGCUGGUCGUUUGAGGACGGGGACGCGGCGGGGCUAUCGGCGCUGCGGCUGGGCCUCGAGACGCUUUUGCAGCUCAAGCGGUCGGUGCGCCUAGCCCGCGAGCGCGAAGCGAUUGUCAUCGACUCGGACGACGAUGACGAUGACGGUGUCGAGAUCAUCGAAGAAGAGGAUUUAGACGAGGUGGGCGACGACGACGUCGUGCCGUGGUACUCGAAGGAAGCCCGUCGCCAGCGCGCCAAGGCCAAGAAAACGUCGUCGUCCCUUGGGAAAGCCAAGCUCACAAAACCCGGUAUCGGGCCGUCCCCGUUCAAGACGCUUGUGCCAUUCGCGCGACUUCCAAAGAAGUCAAUGACGACGACGUUCGACCGCGCGUCGGCGGCGGUGCCCCGGCCGACCGACAGUUUUUACGACGAUGUCGACUACGAAGCCAUUCGGAAGCGCCGGGAGCAACAAGCGUCCAAGGAAGGGCCGACAUCUGCGAGCACCAAGUCUGCCAAAAGCCGCACUGUCUCGGUGCUCGGGUACCAGCCGGCGUUUGGCGGCGGCGCGUCGUCCUCGACAGUACCACCUUCGUCGUCGGCUCCGUCGCCGCACAAAGAAGCUGUCAAGCCACCGAAAGACGCGCUGCCCGCGCCCGUGCUCAAGAUGAUUGGGACGAUCCGGCACAUUCGCAGCAUGCGCAAGCCACUGCACCCGUCGUCGCUGUACCCGUUCUACCGCCAGAUCCUCUUGGCGUCGCAGGUCGACCCGCGCUUCAAGACUUCGAGUAGCGCCGACCUCGCCAAGCCGUCGAUUUCGUUUCUGUCGUCGAUCGAGUAUGGCCACGCCUUCUUACCCCUAUUGUUGGAAGAAGUCCAGUGCGACAUUGCUCAAGGUUUUGGCGGGAAUGGCCCGACCAUUGGUCUCCGGCUCGAGGCCGAGACGAUGAAGGAAAACCUCCGUGUCGUCACUUUUGCCUAUUUGCAGCGGCCUAUGAAGCGCAGCAUUCGCAAGAAUGACGUGGUGCGCGUCACGUCAACGCUGAACGCCGAGAUUGCGUGCACGGGUGUCUACGUGCCCGAAGACGACGACAAGUUUUCGAAAAAAAAGGGCAACGACGACAAGGUGCGCGUGCUUUUGCUGACGGCCAGCGACAAGGAGAUGCCCGUCGUGCUCCUCGACACGCUCAUUGGCGGGUCGGAAUGGAACGUGCGGGUCGUCGGCAACCUCACAACGAGUGCGCGCGAGUACUUGGCGCUCAUGGCCAUCGACUUUAUUCCGCUGCAUUUGCGGUCCGUUGUGCUCCAGCCGCACAAGUACAAGAGCACGCAGAGCACUGUUCUCGGCUUGAUCUCAGACAUUGACACGGUGCGGGACGCACCGAGUACCGAGGCCGAUAAGACGCUAAUGGCCCACCUUGGCAUUCUGGAAGACUUGCCCAUGAAGCUCGAGGACCUUCGCGUGACCAACAUUGGCGUUAUCGUGCGCAAGCUGCGCAAGUACAAGGGCGGCAACGACGUUGUGCAGCGGGCAGCAGCGCUCAUCACCAAGUGGCAAAAGCUGCUCGAUACCAAGGACGAGCUCUCGAAGACGCCCCUUUUCUUGCCACCGCCCGUGUGGGACCAGCUGCAAACGACGUACAAUGCAUCCCAGCUCCAGUCGGUGCACUCGAUUCUCAACAACUACUCGACGGGCGUGAGCUUGCUCCAGGGACCGCCAGGGACAGGCAAGACCAAGACCAUCAUGGGCAUCAUCAGCGGUCUUCUCGCGGUCUCGCUGCCAACGCCAUCGGCCGUCACAGCUCCACGCAAGGCGAUGGUGGUCAAGCCCGCACUUGUCGAUUUUUCCGGUGCGUCGACAACGUCGUCACUACCGGGGGCGGUCAAGGCCACGAGCAUCCAGCAGAUCAAAAACAAGGGCAUGUCGCGGCAGCGCCUCGAAGGCGCUAUGGCCGGCCGGCCGAUGUUCAAGCCGCGCCCGGCGUCGGGGCCGCGCACCGUCUCGGUACUCCCGAUCGCCAACAAGGGACCCGAGACGAACCACAUUCUCAUUUGCGCUCCGUCCAACGGCGCCGUGGACGAGCUCAUUUUGCGGCUUCGAACCGACGGGCUAGUCGGGCCUGACGGCAAGCCGAUGCUUGUCUCGACGCCCAAGGUGCACUCUGUCUCGGGCGACGACGCCAACACAAUCUCGCUGCUUCGCCUGGGGUCGGCGACCGAAGACGCGCCCUUGAUCGUCAAGCAGAGCUGCCUCAACGACGUGGUCCGUGUCCAGGUCGAGACGCACCCCAAGUACCAAGCGUUUCAAGCGCUCACGCGGCGGCACACCGAGCUACGCGAUGCGAUCAAGCUCUUCCAUACGCAGGCCAAAAGCGGCGAGACACCGACGGCCUCCAAGAAGGACAUGACGGCGUGGCACCGCGAGCUCUCGGAGAUCACGGGCAAGAAGCGCCGCCUCCAGGAAGAAGUCCAGAUGCUCGAACGCACGACGGCGAAUGCGCUCCUUGCCAAAGCCAACAUCAUUGCGUGCACGCUCUCGAAAUGCGGCAGUGGCGACCUCGACGACGUGCCGCGCGGGUUUGAUGCCGUCAUCAUUGACGAGGCAGCGCAAGCCGUCGAAACCAGCACCUUGAUUCCACUCCGGGAGCGUGUCGCCCGCGUCAUCUUUGUGGGCGACCCCAAGCAGCUACCGGCCACCGUCAAGAGCGUCGAGGCCCAAGACGCGCUCUUCAAUCGAUCGAUGUUUGAGCGCCUUGCGGACGGCGGAGUGCCCCGGGCCAUUCUGCGCGUGCAAUACCGCAUGCACCCGUUCCUGCGCGAGUUCCCGUCCAAAGCCUUUUACAAUGGUAUCCUCUCGGACGGCCCCGUCAUUGCGACGCGGCUCCAUACGCUCGGCAUGCAAGUGUACAAGCACCCGUGCUAUCAGCCGUUUGUGCUCUACGACAUUGAGAGCGCCGAGCGCGACGGACCCGGGGGGUCGAAAUGCAACAGCACCGAAGCGGCGUUUGGGGUCGCUAUGGUCGAGCACCUCAAGGCAACGGUCGAGCUCGUCAAGACCAAGGAGUGGUCGAUCGGCUUUGUGACACCGUACAAGGAGCAGGUCAUGACGCUGCGCCACCUCGUGAGCGGGAAGGGCUGGAGCGACGUCGAAGUCAACACGGUCGACGGUUUCCAGGGUCGCGAGAAGGAUAUCAUCAUCAUGUCGUGCGUACGCACGCGUGCUGUGGGGUUCCUCAAGGACGUUCGUCGUCUCAACGUUGCGCUCACCCGUGCGCGCUACUGCUGCUUUGUCCUCGGUCACGCGCGCACGCUGUGCAAGGACCCGACGUGGAAGCAGCUCGUUUCAAACGCCUACGACCGCAAAAUGUACAUCAAGGCAGCCAAGAAGCCGUUCGAGCAGAUCUGGGCCGAGUCCGAGGCCGAUGUUGCGCUCAAGGAGCAAUACGAGAAGAUGCACGCGCCGAUUCUGGCCAAGUCCAAGGACGAGUCGUCCAAGCAGACCAAGCGCAAGCGCGUCAAGGGCCCGGACGACCGCGAGCCGACCAAGAAGCGCGACGACGAGGCGUCCGAGAACACGCUGCCCGCCCAAGAGGUGGUCGUGGACGUCGCAUAGUCCACGCAUGUAUGGGAUCGUAUAACAAAAGCAUCGCGUACCCUACUAGGCCUUGACGACGAGCGACCCGAGGACGCCAAUGACAAUAAAAAUGGUCGUGCCAAAGCCGA